AUGGAAGUAAACAAUGAACAAGAGAGUUGCAGUAUAUAUCAGAACCUGGCUCCAUUUGGAAGUGAGAUCAAGGCCAAGAUGCAGCAGAUUAUAGAGGAAAGGACAGAAGCCAACAUGUGGACAGCUAUUCUUAUUGGAGCGGUCACAGUUGUUUCCCUUGUGGGAGGUGUCGUGUUCCUUCUCUACAGAAGAUACAGGUUGUCAAAGGAGGAGGCAGGUAUCCCACAUUAUCGUUUCCGAAAAAGAGACAAGGUUAUGUUCUACGGCCGAAAGAUAAUGCGAAAGGUCCAGACAUUGUCCUCUCCCACCACCACCCCCUCCAACUCUGCUUCCCGUCAGAGGGUGCGUAAAAGGACCAAAGUCCUGUCAAUAGCUCGCAAGAUCCUCCGUAUCCGGAAGGAGCCCACCUCCUUGCAGCCCAAAGAGCCCCCUCCCUGUCUGCUAGAAGCAGACUUGACAGAAUUUGAUGUGCAAAACUCCCAUCUACCAUCUGAAGUGUUGUACAUGCUUAAAAAUGUCAGGGUGCUUGGACACUUCGAGAAGCCUCUGUUCCUUGAGCUAUGUCGCCACAUGGUGCUGAUCCAGCUUCAUCAGGGGGAGGCACUAUUCCGCCCAGGUGAUACAGAUGACAGCAUUUAUGUUGUUCAAGAUGGCCGCCUAGAACUAUGCAUCCGCGAGAGUGAUGGGACAGAUGUUGUGGUGAAGGAAGUUCUACAAGGAGAUAGUGUCCACAGUUUGCUUAGUAUCUUAGAUGUUAUCACUGGCUACCCAGCUCCAUACAAGACAGUCUCUGCAAGAGCUGCUGUCCCCUCAACUGUAUUGCGUCUUCCAGCGAUAGCAUUUCAAUCCGUCUUUGACAAAUAUCCUGAAACUCUGGUCCGUGUCAUUCAGAUCAUCAUGGUACGUCUUCAGAGAGUGACCUUUCUUGCCUUACACAACUACCUUGGCCUCACUACUGAGCUCUUCAACACGGCGAGUCAAGCCAUCUCCUUGGUGUCAGUGGCUCAUGUCUUAGGAGAGGUCCAUCCACAUAGAAGUCUCCACAGGCAGCCUUCUCACUCUGAUGAGUUAGUGUCUGAAAAAGCAGACCCAGAAAAGGCAAUCUUAUCUGAAAAUUCCAGUUCAAAAUAUAGGAAAACCCGCUCGCUGUCCACCCCAAUCGCUGGUACAGGUGAAAUGUCAAUGGAUUUUAACAGAGUUUCUGAUGGGGCUAGAGUUGCUACUGACGAGGCUGUGCCCAGUGGUCAAGUGAAGUCUAUUUUAAAGAAGACUGUGACAAUGCAGCGGAGUCCUUCUGCAGUUUACCAUUACAGUGAAGCUGGAGCAGGAAAUGACCACCACAAUAAAGUCAAUGCCAUUUUCCAAGCUGCCAAAAAGGACUUACUGCAGGUUAUCCAGCUCCAGGAUCCCAGUCUACUGGAGGGUAGGGUGACUUUUCGCCAAGUUAAAGCCAAUUCAAUCGUGGCCCAUCAAGGAGAUCAGGAUGUGAGCGUGGCAUUUGUCAUAUCAGGUUUACUCCAUGUUUACCAGCGCAUGAUUGACCGUGAGGAUGAGUCGCUGCUUUUUGUGACCCACCCAGGAGAGAUGGUGGGACACCUGGCUGUACUCACAGGAGAACCCCUUAUCUUCACCACACGUGCUCACAAAGACUGCACAUUCCUCUCCAUAUCAAAGGCUCAUUUCUAUGAGAUAAUGCGUGAGGAGCCCAGAAUUGUGUUGAAUGUAGCUCAUACUGUAGUGAGGAGGGUGUCACCUUUUGUCAGGCAGAUUGACUUCGCCUUAGACUGGAUGGCUUUGGAGGCCGGCCGUGCUGUUUACAGACAAGGAGAUAAGUCCGACAGCACCUUCAUUGUCCUCAGUGGCCGCUUACGCUCUGUCAUUGCAAAGGAUAAUGGGAAGAAGGAGCUGGCAGGAGAAUAUGGCCGCGGGGACCUAAUUGGUGUGGUUGAGGCUCUAACCCACAUGAACCGGGCCACCACGGUCCACGCUGUGAGGGACUCUGAGCUGGCUAAACUGCCAGAAGGAGCUCUCAACUCCAUCAAGAGGAGGUAUCCUCAGGUCGUUACCCGUCUCAUUCAUUUGCUGGGACAGAAGAUUUUGGGCAAUAUGCAGCAGGUCAAUGGGCCUCUGACAGCUCGAAGCCUCCCCCUCCACAACCCCAGCAGUAAGUGGGAUGCUGGGAAUCCUGCCUCCAACUUGUCCACUGUAGCCAUUCUGCCUGUGUCUGAUGAGAUUCCGCUCAUGGCCUUCACCUUGGAGCUGCAGCAUGCACUCAGUGGUAUCGGGCCUACACUACUCUUGACAAGUGACAUCAUUAAACAGCGCCUGGGCACUGCUGCUUUGGACAGCGUCCACGAGUACCGUCUGUCAAGUUGGCUCGGCCAGCAGGAAGACAUCCACCGUAUCGUCCUUUAUCAAUCUGACUCAGGCCUUACUCCUUGGACGCAGCGCUGCAUCCGCCAGGCUGAUUGCAUCAUUAUUGUGGGACUGGGUGAACAGGAACCCACAGUGGGAGAGUUGGAGAAAAUGUUGGAGGGUAGUGCUAUUCGGGCCCAGAAGCAAUUAGUGUUGCUGCACAGGGAGGAUGGUCCACCACCCAAAGGGACAGCGGAGUGGCUGAACAUGCGAAGCUGGAUCUCCAGGCACCAUCACUUGUCAUGUCCUCGUAGAGUGUUUUCCAAGAGGAGUUUACCUAAGCUGAGAGAGCUGUACGAACGUGUGUUUGAAAAGUGUCCAGAUCGUCACUCCGACUUCUCCCGCCUAGCCAGGAUUCUAACAGGAAACAGCAUCGCAGUUGUGCUAGGUGGUGGAGGUGCCAGGGGUUGCUCCCAGGUUGGCAUCAUUCGGGCAAUGAAGGAGGCAGGGAUCCCUGUAGACAUUGUGGGUGGUACCUCCAUUGGCUCCUUCAUUGGAGCACUGUAUGCUGAGGAGAAAAGCAACAGUCGAAUGAGGGUUCGGGCUCGUGAAUGGGCCAUGGACAUGACAUCUCUCUUUAAGAAGAUUGUGGAUCUGACCUACCCUGUCACUUCCAUGUUUUCCGGGGCAGCCUUUAAUUCUGGCAUUCGAUCAGUUUUCAAAGGCAAACAGAUAGAGGACUUGUGGCUGCCUUACUUCAACAUUACCACAGAUAUCACAGCUUCUUCCAUGAGAGUUCACACUGACGGUUCACUGUGGCGUUAUGUAAGAGCCAGCAUGUCACUAUCUGGUUACCUGCCCCCUCUCUGUGAUCCAAAAGAUGGACACCUACUGAUGGAUGGGGGUUACAUCAACAAUCUGCCUGCUGAUGUGGCUCGCUCCAUGGGAGCCAAAGUCGUGAUUGCUAUAGAUGUUGGAAGUCGGGAUGAAACCAAUUUAACCAACUAUGGUGACUCCCUCAAUGGAUGGUGGCUUCUUUGGAAGCGGUUGAACCCAUUAGCUGAAAAAGUCAAGGUUCUUAAUAUGGCAGAGAUCCAAACCCGGCUUGCAUAUGUUUGUUGUGUCCGUCAACUGGAAUUGGUGAAAGGCAGUGACUACUGCGAGUAUAUCCGGCCGCCAAUCGAUCGCUAUGGCACACUAGAAUUUGGCAAAUUUGAUGAAAUUGCUGAGGUGGGAUACCAGCAUGGGAAGACACUGUUUGAUGUCUGGCAACGUAGUAAUGUAGUGGACAACAUGCUUAAAGACAGACAUCAGGAGGAGUUCCACAAGACCAAAAGCAGUCAUGUGGUCACUUGUCCAAAUGCCUCAUUCACUGACCUGGCAGAGAUUGUGUCACGGAUUGAACCUGUCAAGACUGCAUUGGUUGAAGAUGAACUAUCUGAAGAAUACCAGACAGAUUAUGAUGAGGAAGCUUUGGAAAGCGCUCUGUCUGACAGUGAGACAUUCAUGCCUGGCGGCGAACACACAGAAGAGGGAGACAGUUGA